CGGAAGUGGAUCUGAGGUCCUGUCUGACACGACUUUGCCCCAAAGAAGACAUCUGUGGCCUCCCCUUUCUCUCUCUUCUGUACUUUAGCAGCUUUAUUUGGACCCUGAACCUGUAACUUUGUCACACCACAACUUGCCAUGUUCUCACCGAGGCUCUUGCUCUUGCGGUCGGCUGCGUCCUUGACAUCCCGGACGUUCUGCGUAGGGGGUGUGUCAAAGGAGGGUCGGGCACCAGAUAUGAUAGAAGGAAAUCCACUUUUACACGUGUCCAAUGUUCGGAACAGACUGAGAGAAAUCGUUGGAGCCUCAACGAACUGGAGUGACCAUCAGCAGGCCAUGGCAGAGCGAGUGUCUCUGUCGUCCAUGUUGGCCAAGUCACAAAACGACCUUCCAGCCAAAACCAUGAAGGACAGUUACCUGGAGGUCCACCUGCCUUUGGGCUCGGAACCACAGCUCAGGGAGAAAUACCUGACCUUUCACAACACCGUCAGGUUUGGGAGAAUCCUGGAGGACUUGGACAGUUUAGCAGUACUCAUUUCUUACUCUCACACCUAUAACCCAGAGCUGAAGAGGUCUCCUCUGUCCAUUGUCACUGCCCUGGUGGACAAAAUUGACAUGCGGCACCACGUCAUCUAUCCAGACUGUGACAUCAAAUUUACUGGUCAUGUGACAUGGGUGGGAAACACGUCAAUCGAAGCCAAGAUGCACAUGUCGCAGUUCCGUGAAGGAGCUUAUGCACCAGUUUUAGAUGCUACUUUCGUCAUGGUGGCCCGAGACCCAGAAAACAAGAGGGCAGCUUUUGUAAAUCCACUAAAUCCUCAAGGUGCAGAGGAGGAGAAACUCCUCCAGGAAGGAGAAGCUAAUAAAUCUCGCCGCAUGGGGAUGAGCAGAGCGUCGCUGCUGAAGGUGGCUCCAACUGCUGAGGAGAGGAAGAUCGUACACAGUCUGUUCCUCAACACCCUGGACACACAGACAGUCAGUUUCCGUAGCAGAAUUCUGCCUCCAAACUCAGUCUGGAUGCAAGACGCCAAACUGAAAGGUCUGGAGAUCUGUCACCCACAGGAGAGAAACAUCUUCAACAGGAUAUUUGGAGGCUUUCUGAUGAGGAAAGCCUAUGAGCUGGGCUGGGCCAACGCCUGCUCCUUUGGAGGAUGCCGUCCCACUCUGCUGGCUGUUGAUGACAUCCUCUUCCAGAAACCUGUCGAGAUCGGCUCUCUGCUGCUGCUUUCAUCACAGGUUUGUUACACAGAAGGGAAGAACAUCCAGGUCAGAGUUCACAGUGAGGUGUUCGACCCGCUAACCCGACAGCACAACACCACCAACGUUUUCCAUUUCACCUUUGUGUCUGACCGAGACGUCCCCAACAUCAUCCCCGAGACAUACGGAGAGUCGAUGUUGUACUUGGACGGGAAGAGACACUUUAACCAGACUGUGGAGCACUGAGAGAAACAUCCAUCCAGGUCCAUGAGCGCACGGAUGAAAUGUUUCUCCAAAUGAAUGCAGUUAAAACCCAAACACUUCAGUUUUUACCCCUCAGCCGAGGGGUAUUGUAAUCGUUUUGUCAUCUGUUCGUCCGUCUGUUCAUUCAACGACAUAAUCGCAUUAUCUAAAGAAUACAUUGAGAUA